UACUCUGUAACUGAAAUGCAGCUGAGUGAUAAGGAUAAGAGAGUGGCACAUCCCUUAUUCUUUUUUGUCAUUCUAGUUUUUGGAACCUACACAGAUGUGACACCCCGGCAGUUCUUCAAUGUUCAGCUAGAUACAGAGUAUAGAAAAAAGUGGGAUGCCCUGGUAAUCAAGCUGGAAGUGAUUGAGAGGGACGUGGUUAGUGGUUCUGAGGUUCUUCACUGGGUGACCCAUUUUCCUUAUCCGAUGUACUCACGGGAUUAUGUUUAUGUUCGGCGGUAUAGUGUAGAUCCGGAGAACAACGUGAUGGUGUUGGUGUCACGUGCUGUGGAGCACCCUAGCGUACCAGAGUCUCCAGAAUUUGUAAGGGUCAGAUCGUAUGAGUCCCAAAUGGUUAUCCGUCCCCACAAGUCAUUCGAUGAGAAUGGCUUUGACUACUUGCUGACAUACAGUGACAAUCCUCAGACUGUGUUUCCUCGUUACUGCAUUAGUUGGAUGGUUUCCAGUGGCAUGCCAGAUUUCUUGGAGAAGCUGCACAUGGCCACUCUGAAAGCCAAGAACAUGGAGAUCAAAGUAAAGGACUAUAUUUCGUCUAAGCCUCUGGAAACGGGUAGUGAAGCCAUGGCCACCACCUUGUCUUCCGAGAGGAAGAAUGAGGGGAGUUGUGGCCCUGCCCGGAUAGAGUACGCUUGAAGGGCUUUGGGAUAAGAAGGGACAGGCUGCUCCUUGCCCUGUCUCUGUCCCUUAUCUGCUAUGGAACAGGGACAUGUAUUAGAAGGCGUCUAUAACCACCAGUGUGGGAUAAUUCAAUAACUGGUGUCUGAUUUCAUUCAGAGUCCUUAAUUGCUCUUAAUCAGAAGAGAGAAGAAGGAGGCAUCCAUGGGGGUGUUGUCAUACUCUCAGGCCAAGCAUUUUAAAAUUCAGUAUUUCACUGAGCUAAUCUGGAACAAGCCUCUCACCUUAGGCAGAAGGGGACAGUUCGUUUUUGCUUCCUCUGGGUAGUUUCCUCUGCCAACAUUCCACUGCCCACCAACGGUUCCGCAGUGCUGUGGAUUUCCUUUAGUUCUGAAGGCCAAACUGGAAAGUGCAGUUGGCUGGCUGAGUUUCAGUGAGGGGUCAUCAGGAGAUUGGGAGUGCUCUUGGCAACAGUCCUGGGGCUGAGGGCUGUGAACUGGUGCUUGGCAGUGUAAGUGCCUGUCCUCACCUUGCUUCUCUCUUUAGGGACUUAAAGUUUAUACCAACAAACCUCUCCCUUCACUUCCCAAAUACCACACCAUUGACUCACCUUAUCCAAAGCAGUUCCCUUUGAUUUGGCCAGUUCUGUAUUUGUGCACUGUAUUAUCUUGGAUCAUCACCUCCUUCCUUACCCCAUUACCAAGAACACUGGGAAAUGAAUCCUUUUAGAUAAUAGCCUCCUGUGUCAUCAGUGUUUUGAUAGGGUUAGUGGAGAUGCUCAAACAUCACUUUAGUUUUUGGUUUUUUUUUCCUUGUGUGUCAAAAAGUAGAAAUUGGGGAGUUGAAUAGGAUUUCUCCAUAGUCCCACUAUAGAGAAAACAUUUUGAUUCAGGCAUUAUUUCCCAUACUUGAGGUUUGACUGGAUGAAGAGGACUUUUCCACCUUGUAAGGCUAAAGGCAGAGGAGUGGGUUGAGUGCUCCCUUGGAGUGCUCGGAGCUGUAGGCAAGUUGUGUGAUUGAGUAGGCGUAAUCUCCCCCCACGUGCUAAUCUUAACAGGGAUGUGGUUUAUGUGACCCUCUUGUUCUCUGCAGAGUUCUUUUCCUCUUCAGAGCUAAAAUAAAAGCAAACUACUGUAGAGAUAAAGUCACGAUCAGAUGGUAACAGUUUGGCUUUUCCAAUUGGCUUACGGUCAUACUGCAGUUUGAUGGGAUAAUAGGGAUCAAAUUUUAAAUCCUCCCUUCCCCCUUUUCCUAGGAUUUAAACGGCCAGAUUUUUCCUUUUUUUCCUACUUGCUUCCCUUUUGUGUUGUUGAACCAAGGAUCUAAACCCAAGACUAUCAUGCCCCUUGACCUUGUUGCCUGUUAACUUUUGUGCCAAGGAAAUAACUGCCCUGGUGUUUCAUGUCUUGCCUUCUCUGAGUUGUAGGCAGAGCAGAGAGCUGCACUGAGCAGUCCCAGCUUCUUUUCAUGGAUCAUUUCUCUCUCCUCAUCCCCAGGGCCUGACUGAAGCCAGGGAAGAGCCCCUGGGUUAUGUCUGCAUCUAGCACAUGUGAUUAUUAGUGUGGGCAGGUAUGGGCCAGUGUGUGUGAGUGCAGAGGUGUUAAGGAGCUGAGCUGUGUGGUGCUCAUACUCUGAAUUUGGGCAAUUUGACUCUGUACUUAGGGUCAGUCUGUACAGUUACUUGUGUCAUUGUAAUGAUUUUACUCCUAACUGUGACGUUUUUAUCAAAUGUGUGAAUAAAUACAUAAAGGUUGGUACAGAAA